GACGUCGCAGCCGGGUACCUUCUUGCUUGCAAAGCGGGAGGGCACAUGUAGCUUAGGGGAGUCGUUCCGAGGUCCCGUCAUGUAUUACAAAUUCGGCGGCUUCACGCAGAGGCUGGUUGGGACCGGCGCUUCCGCUGCCUGCUCCCCUCAGGGAUUCAAGCCAGUAGUAUCUGUGGAGUCUCCAGCUGUGAUAUUUGAUACCCCAAUUAAAGUUGCUUCAGACACACCAAACAAGGUUGGGGGUUUGGUUAAGAACAAAGUACCAAAACUGCAGAAAUUAUUUCAGAGGCCUGAUGAUAUUCCAGUACAUCUGAAACGAAGCCUUCCCGAUCGACUUCUUUACCGGACCACUAUGGCAUUAACAAUAGGAGGGGCCAUCUACUGUCUGAUAGCUCUCUAUAUGGCCACCAGUCCCAAAAGAGAGAAGUGAAUGAUGUAUUUCCAGAAAGAUCGUCAUCUAACUGUGCUCUGAAAAGGAAGACUUGCACUUAACCUUCUGAUGUUAUAAUGAAGUCAUAUGAUAAUAUAUUGCAUAUUCUUGGGUUUCGAGUUGAGUUAAAAACAAACAUAGAGUAAUGUAAGGAAUUUAGAGUAAAAUCACUAUUAUGGUGGAGAAUGUCAUUAUCACCUAUGUAGUUUUGCGGAUUCCUCUUCAGAACUGUCAAUAAAAUAAAACUCAUGUAGACUGGUUAGUCUGAAGAACUUCCUAAUAAUAAGGUGUGAUAACUUGAUGGUUGAUGCAGUGCGUGAGAGAAAGAGAUGAGAAUCUGACAUUGAAGAUGUUACCAUCUGUUAACAUUUUGGAUGUAAUUUUUGUGGAGUCAUAUUUAAUAAAUAUUUUGUUCUAACCUACCACAACUUUCUGUUCUGAAUAAUUGUACAUUUCAUUAAUUCUGCUUCUGAGUUGCACAUUUCUUGGAAAGAGUGUUGCAUUUAAGGUUCUGUGUAGCACAUUAAUUCCACAAUGGUUCCCCAUCACUUUGGAAAUGUUUUUGUUU